AGCGAUUGCUCAUCAGAGGGACUCCGGCCACCUCUAGCUCAGCACCGCAAUCUUCACGCCUCUUGGUCGUUGAUUUGAUUCCCUCAAGUGCUCAACCAUGGAAGCAGAUGAAAGUCUAGCAGCUUUGAUGCCUCUGAUCUACGUCCUUGUCUUCUUAAUUACCGCAUCCAUCUUCUGGUGCUUCCUGUCGUCCUGUAUGGGCCUGUCUCUCCGUCAAUUUGGCGCCAAUCUCUGGGAGUACUGCGUUUUGAGCUCAAGGACUGCAGCGGGUGGACCACAGAGCAUGAGGCGACGCAAUCACGCCUUUGGUGAAGAAGAGCUCUGGGAGAUGGAGUACAGGGGGCGGGGUGGAUGAUUUUGGACAUUAUCGUGUUCAAAAACCCGUCAAAGAGGGAUAUAUUAUUUGACCAGGAUCUGCGUGCAUUCUCCGAUUGGUUCUGUUUGGUCCCUGGGGUAUAAAUACGAUUCAUCGCUUCUCUUUGC